AUGUUUCGUAUAAGUAGGUUGAUACUUGCAAGAAAAAGAGAAACUUUAAGCUUGCUAGUAUUUGUUGCAGUCUAUUACUUUGCCUUUUAUCGGACUGUGCCCGCAUAUUUCACGAAAGCUGCUAAUUCUACGGAUCUUUUUCAAUCUGAAUUGGACGAAGAUGUUUGGGGGAAUAUUGAUCCUAUUAAAACUAAAGUGAUUGAUAUGAGAACAUCUUUCAACUAUAAAAAAGCACCAAGUAUGUUGAAUGCUUCAGUAAACCUUUUAGAGCCACGCAGUGAAUUAGAGGAAUUAGAUUUACUCUCAAACCUAAGUUCUAAAACAAAAGAGUUUAAAGAGUACCCGGGAUAUUUUUCAAACUUCACGUACUUUUAUCUCAAUAGUUCACGUGUGUCGGACAUUCCUAGCCAGUAUUCGAUCCCGGGUACGUCCGUGUGUUCAGGUGAUGUUGACCUGUUGGUGAUCGUUAUCAGUGUGAUACAGCACAGUGACUGGAGGCUACUCAUACGUCAGACAUGGGCGUCACCAAUUUACGACAAGUCCUGGAGCCAAAAAGAUUUGGUUAAAUUGGUCUUUUUCUUCGGGAAUGAAGGCUUCACAGAUGUAGAGAAUCUUGCAUUGUUCAACGAAUCCAAACUUUAUGGGGACAUCGUUGUGGCAAGUUUUAAAGACAGCUACGGGAACUUGUCAUUAAAGUUAGCCACGGCUUUGACGUGGGCGUCCAAACAUUGUCCACAUGCUAAAUUUGUCGCUAAAGUGGAUAUGGAUGUUUUUCUCCAUAUAGACGUUCUACUGAAACUUCUACAUUCUGUACUUCUUAACUACACCAACUUUAUAAUUGGAUACAAACACACAUCACAAAAGCCCGCUGUAUUACGAGCAGGAAAAUGGGCAGUACCUCGAGAUGUGUAUCCCUAUUCCUACUUCCCAAAUUACAUUUUCGGUCCAUCUUAUGUGCUUACAGGCUCCGUCGUUCACAAAAUGGCUGCGAGUUUUCCCUUUGUUCACAUCGUUCCUAACGAGGACGCGUUCAUCACAGGUAUCAUGGCCGUCAGGUUAAACAUCACCAGACUGGGGAACACGGCGUUCGCUUAUUUGUUGAGACGAUGCACUAUAUGUGAUCUGGUGUUUAGAAAAUACCUGGGUGCUUUAUACAGGCAGAACAUUUUAAAGCAAAUUUGGGAAAAUUUUACUACUGAAAACUGUUCUUCUGUAGAAAUAAAUUAUCAAUAUGUAUUAAAUUGACGUUUAAAAUAU